AUGAGUCUCCUGAGGAAUAGACCUUACGCUUACUCAAAAGUGGAGAGGGAAGACCCAGAUGAGAUAGCUCAUCGGCGAGCGCAGUUCUUGAUCUACAAGGUAUUAGAACAAGCGGCGGAUACCCACUCGCGGAGUAGGUGGCCAUCGGCUCUGAGGGUGAGAAUAUGUAAAUUGAAGGUCAAGAUUGGCAAGAGAUUGAAGACGAUGAGGAAGACCAUAUUCCCCAAUAUCUCCAAGGGUAGGAUUAGCUUGUACAGGAAAACAAUGGCUCAGGUGAAGACUCUGAACCGUUUGCUUCGUGGGGGAGAAGCCAUGGUCAGUCUUCCUCCUCUGUGA